CAAUCAACAAAUUCUUUUCCCUCUUUUCUAAUCUGUGGGAAUCCGGUCGUCCUUAAGUAAUUUUCUAGCGGACAUGGCAGACGCCUCCAAGAUCCAGGAAUUAUUGAGCAAGCCGAGAAAUGAGUUGACCGAAUAUGAAGUCUCUCUCCUCGAAGCGCACGAAUUAUCGACCGGGCCAUUGUCCAUCCUCAUGACCGCCACGCGCACUCAUACCCAAGUUCUGAUAUCAUGUCGAAACAACCGAAAACUUCUCGCGCGAGUCAAGGCUUUUGACCGACACUGCAACAUGGUUUUGGAAAAUGUCAAGGAAAUGUGGACGGAGAAGCCCAAAGGUGGCGGAAAAGGCGUCAACAAGGAUAGAUUCAUCAGCAAAAUGUUCCUCCGGGGUGAUAGUGUCAUCUUGGUUCUUCUGAGUUGAGUCGAGUGACGGGCUUGAUCUUUUUAAGGACGGCAAAACAACAUGCGCACUACCAGAGCGCUCUCGACUUCGGCAACCCUUGCGCACGAUGGAUCUGAAGGGUGGUCAUGACUACCACGGUUGGACUUUGAUCCUGCUUGUGUCAUCAUGACAUGUCAGCAACUUGAGGGCAUCCAACGGGACAGGCAUUGUCAGGCCGGCGCAUGGCUGGUAGGUGGCGUAUACAGGAGAUGAUACCCAAGAACCGGAAAAGCAAUGACGAAUAAAAUGUUUUGAUGCUGACCAGGUCUGGUGUCUGCCUGGCGACGCCUUGGUUGCAGGACUUUCAGCUUUACUAUUUUGCUGCGUCUAGCUUCCUUAAGCAGGCUCUCAUAUACAUAGAGAAAUCAAAUGCCACUAGCUAAUCCCGUUAGCAGUUCCUGCAAACCCC